UCCCAGCCCUGCUGACUCCCGCAAAUUAUUAAACAAAAAGUAAAGAAAUAAGCUUUGGAUUGGCCAAGUUCGCAUUCGAUCGAAAUAAUGGCGGACGACCACAGUGUUAAGCAUUUCGAUCGCACAUUUGUGGCGUCCAAUUUGAAGAAUCUACUGCACUGCCCAAAAUGCUCCACAAACUACACUUACUCCAAGGCAGAGCAGAAAAAUCGUCCCUUCCUUUUGCCAUGUGGCCAUUCUAUGUGCGAGAACUGUUUGUGGAAGGAUAUCCAACAAUUGACAUGUGCUGUAUGCCGGAAGCUAGCUAAUCCGGACAUCAAGCCCGGGUUGCGAGUGAGCGACUUCUUCGAAAUCAACUACCAUGUGCUGGGAGAGGUCUGCAGCUUUAUAUGUAACUUGGACAAGAAGCCGGUUAACGAAUCGCUGAGCCUUAGUUUGACCGACGAUAUGAUCAUCCGGGCCACCAUGUGCAGUGAAUGCAGCAUUUCUGAUGCCAGGGGCGAGUGUUUGCACUGCAAUGCCUUCUAUUGCCGUGGCUGCUUCAAUGCGGUUCAUAAGCACAGUCGCGUGCUAAAAUCGCACAUCUUCCAGAAGAUUGACGGCGGGCAUCCGAAUGGAUUUCGUGUGGGCAACCAAGUGUUCCGCAUGCCCUUUCAGGGUGUGUGUCCCACGCAUCUCCUGCCCAUGAUUAUAUACUGUAAUGACUGUCGUCGCAUCAAUUGCUCUAAAUGCAUUUAUAUAUACCAUAGAAACCAUAGAACUUUACCGCUGUCCGAGAUGAAUCAACGUCUGGUUUCUGAAAUACCAAAUACCUUGCAGUCCUUAAAUUCAGCUCUGAUGAACAUCCACAAUGGCCAGGAGGUGGUCCGAGCGGCCAAACAGAAGCUCAGCGACUAUGCCUCCGAGACGCUGACCAGUGUGUCCAAGUACUUCUCCCACCUGCACGGGCUGCUUCAGGUGGCCGAGCAACGGGUCAUCGAGGAGUUGCGAGAGUCCAGUCUGCCGCCCCAAAUGGAGCUCAACGAAGCCAUGGGCACACUGAGCGUCUACGAAGCACUGAUCAAGCACUUGAUGCAAUAUCUGGAUAAUGGUUCAGAGACCAAAAUGGGCGUGCCCAACAAUAUACGACUAGAAGAGAUCAUCAAUCUGGUUGAAGAGCACCUCCAGAAGAUACCUAACACAGUGCAAAUUAGUCAGAUCAAGAUAAAUCCCUAUCGCAUUUAUAGUGAACACAUCGAUAUACCCAGCAUAAUUAAACAAAAGUUCAAGUGUAAAUUCAUAGAUCCCAAUAUUAAGGUCAGCUUUAAGACCGAUUUCGAGUGUAAUAGCACCAUCUCCAGCAUCAACAACGCAGGCAUUACAUUCUACCUGAGCUCCAGUUGUGGCAAGGAGAACGAUACGUGGUCCAAUGUCAACGGACCUCGACAGCAGCAGCAUCAGCAGCAACCGUUCAGCGAGAAAGACCACUUCAACUCGAUGUCAAAUUCCCAGAAACGACAGUCAAAUAAGUCAAGCAUCAACUCUAUUGCGGGCAUAAUCGAUAGUUUUCAGCAAAGGAAUCAUCAUCAGCUGGACUUUGUGGACAGCUUCUUGGCCUUGGAUAUUGCCAAGCCCAAUAAUACAACCAGGGGUCCUGAAGUAGGAGACUGGAUUAAAACCUAUGUCCUGGUAAAAGUGCGCUUCAUCAACUCACCGGAGGACUUCUACGUACAGGGCGUUCAGGCGGCCCAGCGAGUUCGCGAGGAGCUAGAGACUUUUGCACAGUCUCUUACAGUCGGUCACUGCAAUCCCCCGGAGAUUGUGGUGGGCCAGCAUUACAUCAUCUUUCACCAAGAUCAGAAACGCUAUUAUCGGGCCAUGGUCAGCCAGAAGAUGGCCACACAGGACACCUACAAGAUCUUGUUGCCGGACAUUGGUCUCUACGUCGAGAUGCACAAUAGCCAAUUCCGAGAAAUGCCGCAGCACCUGUCCCAUAUUCCAUAUUCCGCCGUACACUGCAGACUCAGUGAGCUUAUGCCCGGAUUGGGCCCAAAUUCGGAGUGGGCUCCCGAGGCCAUCACCCAUCUGAAGCAGAUAGUAAAAAACAAUUCCGUUCACCUGAUCGUCAAAAAGGCUCUGUCCCAUGGUCUCCACGAGGUGGAUCUGAUCACCAAAAAUUACAACACUAACAUCUCGAUAUGCAAGUCUUUUUUAUCUGGCCUAGCCCGAUCUCGGUGCGGACGUCCUCCGGCCGUUGUCCUGAAAUUAUUGCAGCUAGACGCUCCAAACAAUCUCCGUCUGCCCAGACCAAAACUUCAGAUUGGAGAUGUGUUCAUGAUCCAAAUGGUGCAUGUGGAGCAUCCGCAAGAGUUUUAUGUGAUGCGCCACGACCUUGAGGGUGAGCGGUGCCUGAAGCAGAGCAAUCUGCAAAGAUAUAUGGAUUUCCUGAACCUCAGCACGCUGGAGCACAUCUUUAUGGGACGCCUGCACCUUGGCUGCGUGGUGCAGUUAAAUGAUGGCCAAUGGAAACGCGCUAGCAUCGAGGAGAUACUGUUCGAUGGAUACGUUCUUGUUCGCCUGGUGGACGAUGGCCCCUGCCAGAAAAUAUUCUGGGACAAAUUAUUCGUGCUGCCAUCUGAGUUCUGGGAACCGGAGCGGACAAUCAGGUGCUGCUUGGCGGAUGUAGAGACCCUGCAAAAUUUGUCCUAUGUGUGGACUCCAGAGGCAACGGCCUUCUUUAAGCAGCUCACCUCGAACCCCAAGUUGCACAUAGAAGUGAUCAACUUCACCGACGAUGUGGUCUAUGUGGCGCUGAGAUACACGCGCGGCGUUUCUGAGACAACAAACGUUGCCGUCCAAAUGGUCGCCCAAGGACAUUGUACAUCCAGUGGGGAGAGCAGCCGAAUGUUCACGAACACACAAAGUGUUUUGCAAAGAUCAAUGCUCCUUGAUGCCGACACCCGCCGAUUUCUCGAUCGGCAGAGGGUGAAGGCGAUGGAGCUGACACCCUUUCGUGAGCCGGAGGCAGAAGCUGAGGACCGCAACAAGCGGGUAAAAGUGAAAGUUCUCUACAUCCGGCAUCCGCAUGAGUUCUAUGUCACCCUGCCCCAGUUUCUGUCGCAAAUCGAACACCUGCAAAAGACUAUGCAGACGGCGGCGGAGGCCAUGUCUGAGGAUCAGAUGCCCCGCACCGAUUGGAAAGUGGGCGAUAUGUGCUUUGUCAAAGUCCAGGCUCAGUCCGACUUGGACACCCUUUGGCAUCGAGGCGUGGUAACGAACGUCAGUUCAUCUUGCCGCUACCAUGUCCUCUUGCGGGAUUUCGGCCAGGUGGUAGAGGAUGUGCCCCCGAACUGCAUAACCAAAAUAGACGAGCCCAAUUUGAGAAUUUCCAGCAGCGCCUAUCGAUGCCAUUUACACGGCGUCCAAGCUGUGGGCACCGAGUGGAGCUCCGAGGCCAUUGAUUUCUUUAAGGAUCAGCUGCAGCACUACGAUCAGGUCUAUUUGAUGAGUCAGGGUUCUACGGAUAAGUCUCAGAGCGUGAUUGUCUGGGGCUCGCGUACCGUGGUCACCGGACCCUUUUCGCCCGCUCGCAUCAAAUUUGUGAAUAUAAACAAGAAACUUUUGAAGGCGAACUUGGCCACGAAGAAUUUAAACGAUAACCAACAGCUGUUGAUGGACAAUGCCAGCUUUUCCUCUCGCGGCACCACUACCGCCAGGGACAUGAAGGCAAUACAAUCCUGGGUGAAUAGGAUUGAUAAAUCCACCAACGUUUGUAGUCGGAUCGAUGCGCCCAUAGUGCAGACGGGCUUCGUGUACAAUGAGGAUAUGCCACCAAUUGAACUGCUCCAUGAUUUGGCGAAGGACCAAGUAACGACUGGACAAACUGUACCACCUGCUGGUUGGACGACUCCACGCAAGUGCGACAAGACCAUCUUCACGGCCAUUGCCACGAACGUGAACUACGAGGGAAGCAUCUAUUUGAGCUUGGGUAGCGACAAACCCUACUUGGAGCACAUCCGCACGCUGCUGGAGCAACACUACAAACCAUUGAUGGAGAAGCAGCAGGAAGAGAAUCGAUCCUACGCCUACGAUGUGGGCCAACCGGUGCUGGCCACCUAUCACAUGGACGGCCUGCUCUAUCGCGGCAUAGUACAGAGUCCGCGAAACAAGCAUGAUCAGUACACGGUUUACUAUGUGGACUAUGGUAACUUGGAGAAGGUCAAGGCAGACGAAAUGCUGCCAUAUGCUCCCUUCCCGCAAUUGAAUGCCAUGUGCUGGCUAGUUAGCAUUGACGGGGUUCGACCAAAGAACGGAAAGUAUACAGUGAAGCAGAUGGAUACGAUGCAUCACCAUCUGGUCAUGAAGCUAAGCAGUGUGCGUGUGGUGGAGCCCAAGGGGGUAGGGGCCAGUACCCUGCCCACCUGCCAAAUCAAGGUGGGAAACGUAGACAUAGCCACCAUGAUGAUUGACUCAGGCAUUGCAAUUCCAACGGAAAGCCCCCAACAGAGCAGCACUAAGAAAUCCACUUCACAACAAGAGGCAUUCCCGGCGUUCAGUACCUUUGGCAAAUUGGAAAAGCCUCAUCGUAGAAACGAAACCAAUUUGUCUUUACACCAGCCGCUGGCUAAGAAGAAGUAUAUGGUUAACAGCGAGGAGGUGAAUCGCUUUGAAAACGACCAGGAUUUCGAUUGCGAGCAGGCAGCACAGGAGAUGCACCUCAGCAACAGCUACGAUUUCGGCGACUCAGACGGACGUUCUGGAGAGCGUCAGACAAAAGGAUUCAAAAUUGAAGACGAUGAGGACGAGAAGAACACAGAUUGUGCUGUUCACGAAAUGGACAUCGAUAUUGAUGGCGAAGAAUCCACCGAUACCACCGGCGUUACCACCAGCGAUACCACCAGCGAUGAAAUGGAAUUGGGGCCGCUCAACGUUUCAUCGUUUUAUCAAUUGCAACGACGCAUUGAACUGCGCCAUAAGGUGAGAAAUGAAAAAAAUGUUUCCUUCUCGCCAAAGGACACAUCUUCGCAGAGAUCUUACUUUGAUGGCAGCAACAGCUUCAAGACGCUCAGUCUUCCCAAUGGCAUCAGGGAGUUCGAAUGCAGCGUGGACAAUGUGCUCUCGGCUGUAGAGCUGCAGAUAGCUCCGUAUCUCACCGAAUUUACCAAGCACGAACUUAGUCUGGACAAGGAAACGAGUCUUUUGAUCAAAGAGGCGGAUGCCCUCUCGAGUCCCAAGGCGAACGACUUGUGCCUGGCCUGCUACUCAAAGGAUAAGCGAUGGUAUCGGGGCAUUGUUAAGGAGAUCCAGGAUAGCACUCAGCUGGCCACUGUAUUCUAUAUUGAUUUUCACGAUACCGAGCAGGUGCCGUACACACACCUUAAGGAGAUGCCCAACCAAUUGUACAUCUUUCCGCUGCGCUCCUUCCGCGUCAAGUUGCACGGCGUGAAGAGGAACCGGAACUUUGAGGACCAGAAAGUGCGCCAUUGUCUACGAGAUUGCCUCUGCAACUAUCCGCGGGUCUAUGCCCGAGUCCACUAUCCUUUCAAUUUCCAUGUUAACAAAAGCCCCCAUUCUGACGCCGGCGAGUAUGAUCUCAUCGAGGUGGAACUGUUUGAGAACAGGCACAAACGGAAGCUGGUCUAUCAGUCGCUUAUCGAUAGUCGAAUGUUAAUACCCAAGAAAAAGAACUAAAGUAGCAAGAAGUUACAAAAAAUAUGAUCCUAUUAUAUCCGUUAUCAGCGUUUAGAAAAUGCGCGCUUUAAUUUCAUUCAUUAUAUUAUCUUACAUAAUUGAAUAUGUAUCAGUAUUAUUUCCAAUUCAAUUUCUUCUAUUAAUAAAUAAUACAAAAUUUAGUUAUAAUAUA